GGGGGAUUGGGUUAUUAACAAAUAGCGAAUCGUUCGUCGUAGCUCAAUACUUAAACAUAAACGUUUGUGCGAUAUUAUCGAUCCGCGAGUAGGUUACUAGAUCGACCAUGUAUUUAUGCAGUUUUAUUUGGAGGUAUUAGCGUUCGCGAGUGUUUCACCAGUUAUGUUUGUUUUAAGGAGAUAAUCAAUUUACCUGAAAAAUGUUGAGAAGAGGUCUGAAGUGGCAAAAUGCAUGUUAACACUGGGUAUUAAGCAAAUAGUGUUCUGAGACGCUGUGUUAGGAUAUGUUCAGAAAGGUAAUGCAAUAGUGCGCCUUAGUUACAGUGGUAUACACAAGGCCAGAAUUAUGAACCUGCAUGGAAAUAACAAGCUUGAUUGCGGUUUCUGUUUGCUAUUCUCCAUAAAAAUGUAUGGGUUUUAUCGGAAGUAUUAAUACUGGCGAGUCACCCCAGGUGCUGACGCAGGCGCACCAUGGAAACACGGGUAAUUUAAGAAAGUUGUCCGGAAUAGGGUUGACUUACAUUUUCCGGAAUUGAGAGGCUACAUGCUGGAAACUUUCUGUGUUGCCUGGCCGCCGCCGCGAAAGCCGAUGAUGCUAGUCAUUUAUUUGUAUAACGGCUUAUGACGUUAGUCCUGUUGUAAACAAACUGUUCUUGUGACUGACUCAGUUUACUCAAGAUAUUCUAGUACAUGUAAACAUUUCUACUUCCGUAAUUAUCAUAUGUGCAAUUACCGUAACACAGUGGAAUUUAAAAUGUCAAGGAAAUAAACAUGUAUACAUUUUGUGUGUGAAAAUGAUUUGGUAUAAACAUACAUAAGUCAUAUAUUGGCUAUCGCUAGAGAUUGCAUUUCUGAUAAUCGCUAGCUGUAAACCGCUUUUUAUUACGUAGAAAAGAACUAUGGCGGAAUUCAGUUUUUCUCACCAACAGACAAAGAAAUUCAGUCCGCCUUCAAAAGACUGGCAACGGAACACCGCUUCCUUUCUGAAGCUACGACUGGAGACCUACAUGCGGUACGGGUCGGAGAAAUACUAUACUGGAAAUACGGCGCCCAAACUGACGUCAGAAAUCCGGGCGGACGGGAACUGCUUCUUUCGCGCGCUGAGCGUGAUUAUCACGGGUGUGGAGACCAACCAUCUGACGAUACGAGAGGAGAUAACUCGUCACGUGGAGCAGCAUUCGGACAUUUACCGAACUUUUCUUCAAAGUCGAGGCGGAAUGGACACUUACGUACGGAGCAUGCGCAAACCACGCGAGUGGGCCACGGACACUGAGAUAUUCGCAGCGGCGACGUUUCUAAAGACUAUCAUCGAAGUGUGUAGCAUACUUAGAAACAAGAGCGGCAUCGAGUAUCAGUGGCAAACUUUCGCACCGCUAAACGACGACAACCCGUCUCUACCAAAAAUCUACAUCUGCCACAAGGAUGAACAUUUUGAGCCUAUCUUAGAUAUUGAGGACAACGGAAUUUCGAGGACCUCGGGCGCCGGUUCAUCCGCCGGACGUGUGAUCAAGAGACAACAAAACCCGGCUAGUGACUUUGAUGGUUCCGAACGGGACCACCCGCCACCCAACCCGAUACAACGCACGGCAUCGACCACGAUGAGUCAAAGUUCGUACCGCAGAGACUUUCGGGACCCGCGCCAGAUAAAUGCGUCCCAGCGAAACGCAAACCACAUAUCGUUCUAAAAACCGAAGGGUUCUGUUGUGCCGGUGUGCAAGUUUUCUCUUGUAGAGAACUCUAGAGUAUCAAAAAUGGCCCUGAGGGUUGCUCGGUGGAUGAUUGGAGACCUAUCUGUUUAACUUGAUAAAAGUACGACUGUGAUAUUCAAUGCAUGUCCAAAUGGAUAACAUUACCUAACGAUAGUUACUUGAGUACACGAAAUACUUUUCUAAUGAAACGAGAAGAUGUUUGGUUUGUCCAGAUCAGGUCGAAGAAGAAAUUAAGUCAAAAGUGGACCAACAGCAAGCACUGUGCUGAGUUGUAUUUAUAUUGCUGCAUAGUUAAAAAGUUCUGUGUUCAAAAAGUAUAACAUUUAUUAAAAAAGUAAAUCCGUUACAAUUAAAAUAAUAGCUUUUGAUUUAUUAGAUACAGGUACGCUAUGAAUGAGAAAAAUAAACACGAUUACACAUUUAUAUGCAAUGUAUAUUUCGCCAAUUUAAUAUGCAUGUACUUGAGCAUGUCAUGGCAGAAGUCAUUGUUAAAAUGUUAAUACUAUUAAGGUGAUUCACUUUACAAAAUGCUAAAAAUUUACUGUGAUAUAUCGAAUUUCAACUACCGGUAACAAUGUUCUGUAUUACAAGCAUUCUGUAUUUUUUGUUGAAAGCAUUACUGGUAUACCAACAAAUCUAGUAAUACGUUUAUAUGUAUACGCAUUUCAUGUUCUAUUAUGCACGGAUUGUAUUUUUUAUGUUCUUGAUUGUGCUGUUCAUCCAAAUAAAAUAAUUCAAAUAUUG